CAUCCGGACUUGUGUGUCAUACUCACAGAGCAGUGGGGUUAAUUACCAUAGCAACAGAGUACUGACCAGGACAGCCAGUGUUCUUAGCAAUGGAGACCUUAGCUUGGCACGAGUACGCCGCCUAGAGGCAAGCUGGCAGAAGACAGAAGGGGUGUGUGUCAUCAGCCUGCACUGCUGUCAUGGGACCUGAAGUUCAGCAACCAUCUGAGCGUACAUCCGACCAGCUCAAAUAUCUGGACCGUCAAACUGUUCAGUGGCUCGAAAAAAAACCAUCUAAGACAGAUGCCGUCAAGCGACCUGAGUUGGCCCCUACUUGGGCGGACUUGACCAGAACUCGAACUUUCUACUCUCAUAUCCGACUUUCUCCCAAAUCGAAGAUCAGCAAAUGGGCUCUCCAUGCCUUCCCAUCUGAACGAGUAUGUCAAUUGGCUCAACCUCGGCCCUAUGCAACAGGGUGGCAGCCUGAACUCCCUCUACCAACACCUGUGAGUAGAGCGUCACUGUCGGCAGUGGCCUCCCCCCGAACUUGCAAGCUCGCCCAGCCAAAGAAGCGGCAUCCUGACCCUGACCCUGGCUACCUAGUUGGAUCUCGACCUAUGACCCAUUUGACCUCGUCCCGUAUAAGCAUGCUAGCGAGUGAGUUUCCAAGGGCAGAACAUCCAAAGUAUGAGAGACCGCGCUCAGCAUGCUGGCCCGUUUCCGUCUCAGCCAGAAAUUACGUCCCCUCCCAAAGACUUCUUGAACUGGCCUGUCCCAGAAUACGGAAAGAUGUGUAUGACGGUUAUGACCCAUUUGUUGUCAGCCAUGCAGCUCUCUGUACUAACCCCUCUCCUCGGACAUUACAGCUCUCUGUGCCUCUGCCUCGAAAAUGCACUCCAAAGGCAUCAACUCGCCGCAUCUAGUCUCUAGAGAGGUGUUCGAUGUUCUUAGGUUCAUCACCAAACGUCUCGCUGAGAUCAUUUCAUUCCAAACAGCAGUAAAUUUGCCAGCUCUG